AUGGAAGAUGUGAAUCGCACCCCAAGAGAAGCAAAGGAUUACUAUUCUAGAUCAAUAUGGUUGUCAGAAACUGCGCAGGCAUUUGGGGAUCUUAAGAGAAGUGACAGAAAUGGAGUUAAUGGCUUUCAUUUUACUGCUGGUAGAGAUUCCUUCGUCUAUAACUCCCAAGAAAUUAUGACUCCCGAAAUUUCUGGAGCAUUUGAAGAAAUCAAAAGUGUAAUUAGUUCCAGAAAUGGAGUUAAUGAUGAGGUUGUUGGCCAAGAAAACGGUGAAUAUGACCGCUAUUCUAUGCAAACGUUGUCCACAGAAAUCGUGGAAAUAGUUGAGGAUGGCAAGAGCAUAACAAAGGACAAAGAUAGAAGGGUUGAUGAUCUUUAUGUUGCUGUUGGCAAAGAUGACUUGGAUGUAGUGAAAUGGGCUCUUGAGCAUGCUGUUUCUCCCGGUUCCCGGAUUUUUCUUAUUCACGUCUCUUCUCCAAUAACAUCGAUUCCUACGCCAGUUGGAAGGUUUGAAAGAAGUAAACUGACUCCACAACAAGUGAGACUAUACGUGAAUGAAGUGAACAUCAAGAGGAAGGAUCUUUUGCAGAAGUACAUUCAGAUGAGUAAUGAAGCCAAGGUAACUGCUGAAACGUUGCUUCUGGAGAGCAAUGAUACAGGAAAAGCAAUUCUGGAUCUCGUCUCCAUUCUUAACAUAACCAACCUUGUCAUUGGAAUCAAAAAGCUACCCUAUACACGGCGCAACCACAAAUUGAGCAAAGGAGAGUUCGUAAAGAAACAUGCACCGAAUGCCUGUGAAGUUACCUUGGUUUAUAACGGAGAGGUGUUUGUGUCUGAUCCUUACAUGGAUGGCUUGGUAUCCUAUGGCCAAGCAUCACACAGUAAAAGUCACUACAAAAACAACUUCUUUCAAUGCAUGUGCUUUUCAGGGUGCAUGAAAGAAGACAAUGAUAGCUAG